GUCCCCGGUGACCGCAGCGGCCAGCGACCCGCGGAUGCGCAACGCGUGCCACAAACAGUCCCCGCACAGCGGCUGCCGGGCCGUCGGGGCUCCCGGGCGCCAGGAGCUUCAGGCUGCCCAGAUGCGGGCGCCACUCUGCCUGCUGCUGCUCCUCGCCCACGCGGUGGACAUGCUCGCCCUGCACCGGAGGAAGAAGCAAGCAGGCACCGGUCUGGGGGGCAACUGCACAGGCUGUGUCAUAUGCUCGGAGGAGAAUGGCUGUUCCACCUGCCAACAGAGGCUCUUCCUGUUCAUCCGCCGGGAAGGCAUCCGUCAGUAUGGCAAGUGUGUGCACGAUUGUCCCCUUGGCUUCUUCGGAAUCCGUGGCCAGGAGGCCAACAGGUGCAAGAAAUGUGGGUCCACGUGCGAGAGCUGUUUCAGCCAGGACUUCUGUAUCCGGUGCAAAAGGCGGUUUCAUCUAUACAAAGGGAAGUGCCUGCCCACCUGUCCACCAGGCACCUUGACCCACCAGAGUACCCGGGAAUGCCAGGAAGAGUGUGAGCCAAGCCCAUGGGGCAGCUGGAGUCCCUGCAUACACAAUGGGAAGACCUGCGGCUCAGGCUGGGGCCUAGAAACCCGGGUGCGGGAGGCUGGCCCAGCCAAGCAGGAGGAGACGGCAAGUUGCCGAGUGUUAUCUGAGUCCAGAAAAUGUCCUAUAAAGAGGCCCUGCCCAGGAGAGAGAAACCCCAGGCAGAAGAGCCGGAAGGAUCGGAAGGAUCGGAAGGAUCGCCGCCAACGCAAGGACAGGAAAUUGGAGCGCAGGACGCAGUUGCCUGGCUCACAGUGACCCCUCUCCACCUCCGGCAUCUGACCUCUGCCCUUGGCUUGCUGCCUUCUUCCCCUGUGGCCUCCUCCCUUUCCCCCUGCCCUGCUCUGUAUCCACAUUCUUCACUCUUUCUACCUUGCCUUUCUGUCUCUCCCCUGUGUUUCCUUCACCUCCUUUCCUUCUCCCCCCUCCCUUUCUUUACAGAAUUCCUGGUUUCAUCUUCAGACCUUUUCCUCUCUUCAUGUACCUUUUUUUUUCAUUUCCUCCUCCUCUGCUUUCGGUUCUUCUGUCCACUCCCACCCCGUACACAGACACACAUAAGAAGUGGAGCCUAUAUCCCUCAUGUGUCUCUGUACACCUCAGAGCAAACAUUUUUUCUAGAUCUUUCUGUGACCCUAUCCUGACCCCACCUUUGCAGAGUUAAAAUUAACGAGGAAUGGGCAUGAGUGUGACUUGACUAGUCUGGGAGCCCAGCUUCUAGCUAGAGAGACCCUGCAACCUGAGUGGUGAGCCCUUCACCAGGACCAGUCCCUCAAGACCAUUUCUGCAGCACUCAGCCAUUGCCUCUGUGAUGAGGCCGCCUGAGAUGGGUUCCAGAAUCUCCCGAGGUCCGGCCUGAGCCCCUUGUUCAGGAUGGUGGUGUAGGAGUCACUAGGGACCUUUUGGCUCGAUAGUGACCUCCAGCCCACCAGCACAUCCCUUUGGAAGUACCUGCAAUGCACCCUCCAUGCCCCCCUCUGAUCUCCCUCUCAUUGUGCCUAUGACCCUUCCCCAGCUGACCCCCCUCCCAAGGCCUUUGGGGACCCAUGCACAGAGUCAGGUGGGGCUGCUAUAAGAACGAGAUGAGACUAAUUCCCUCAUCUCAAAGGCUAUUGAAACUAAAGGGAGUUUAGAGCUGGCCCCGCCCACUCUAUUCACCACCUUGCUUCCUGCCUGUCCAUCAUACCCACGGAAAAACUGACCGCUCGGGAAGCGAUGGGCUUACACACCCAUGUCUUCACAUCAUGUCUGUGAAGAAGCCUGAGGGUGUUUGGGGAAAUUGCUGGGUUAGCAAUUGAGAUGGCUUCCUACUUACACACCUCCUAUAUGGACACCCUAGGUGUUUUCUUUCAUUGGGGUUCCCCCAACCCCAGACAGGAAGGACACUGGGAGGAGCCUUCAGGUAGACUAAAUAAUUGGCAAGUCUGACCCUGCGGAUGACCCAGGAGCUGCCAUUGUGACUGGGGAGGAGUCUGGGAAUAGAACCCAAGGAUAGUUGGAGAAGGAUAAGAGAGACUCCACAUGAUGCCAUGUCACCCCCUCAGGCAGUGACCCUCAUACUCACCCUACACCUGACAGGUGAGGGUCCUCAGCGCCACUCCUGACCCUGUAGCUGUGUUUCUCCAUGGUGUCCUACUGAGAACAGCUGGAUGCCCUGCUCGCCAGGCCAGGCUCCCCACUUCUCUGUAGAAGUUCACACCCCUGAAAUGCAUUCUUGAUUUAAGACCUCCAGAUAUUUUUUAAAGAAAGAAAGAAACUCAUGAGGGCUUCCUGGGCAUCAGAUAAUGUUAGAACUACCAUGCUCAUAGGUUCACUGUAGCAGAGCCUAAGCUUCCUGGGGCUGCUUCCACCAGAGUGUUCGGGUGGUGGGGACUGACAGGGCAGGCUGGGCUCACUUUGAAGUGCUUCCCAGAUCCUCUUAAGAAGGGGGCUCAGGGGCUAUGUCGUUAAAUUGCUUGCCGUGUCACCUCAGGACCCAAGUUUGACUCCCAGCACACACAUGAAAAAUGUCAGGCAUAAUGGCAUGCCUUCGUGGUCACAAUGCCGGGGAGGUAGAGACACACAGAUGCCUAGGGCUCAUUGGUCAGUCAGAGUGCCCCAAAAGGCAGGCUUCAGGUCAGUAAGGAACCUUAUCUCAGAAAAGAUAGCCAACACCUGGUUGUACACAACAAACAGAGAGGGGAGGGGAAGCUCACUAGAGCUUCAGCCAGAGGCAAAAGAUGACGCCUCCUAGCAACCUCUCAGCCUCCUGAGUUAGUUACAGCCCAGGCCCCCACUUGUGCUCUAUUCCACUUCUUAGAAACCCGAAGCCUCCAGAAAGAGCAUGGUCUCAAUGAGUCAUGGCUAUGCCUGGCCUACUAGUAAGAGUGUGGGCCAAACCAUCUGCCCUUUUUGGGGCUUCCGUUACUCCUUUUGAUGAAGAGGAGGCAAGGCUAGACUCAGCCCAUCGCCUACAUCUAGAAGGUUCAGCCAUGUCCUGGGCUUUGAGGUGUUUUUAAAGCUUUAGAUUUCAGUGUCCCACCCAGACCUAUAUACAUUAUGAAUGAGCUGAGCAGUGAACUGAGCUGGGGGGAGGGGCACCCUGAGUCCCAGGGACUCUACAGCCUCAAGAUCUGUGUGUGUGUGUGUGUGUGCGCGCGUGCAUGCGUGUGUGCGUGCGUGCGUGCGUGCGUGUAGAUGGGAGAUUUAGAUAUGUUCUGUCUGAGGUUCUUAAACCCUAGGCCACAGGAGGCUCCAAAUUCCAUAGUUGUUAUAGGUCAAGAGGGGAAGGUCUCUGACCUGGAAUUAUCUAGCCAUACUCUUUCCCCCAUGAGGUGGGGGACCUGAUAUUCUGCCCCUAAAUGAGGGCUUUGGGUAUUUUUAAAUAUUUUCUAAUGUUUUCAUGUUUAAAUAAUUCUCCCAGGGUCCCCACUGUAACCUAGGGCUUCAGGUAUCCUCCUGCCUACUACUGUUCUUUUGUGGUCCAUCUCUCCCUCCUUUCUGGUAAAGGAGGCUCCAUGCCAUCAGGAGUUCAUCCCCUGGAUGCCUCUCGCAGGCAAAGCUGGGAAAAUUCAGAAAUGCUCCAUUUCUGUCGUUACGGAGAAGGCCGGUGAGGUUGUUUGACCCCUCAGUGAUGAUCCAGUGGCAGAAAGGACACUCGGUUUCUCCUACCCCUUUCCUGCUAAUCUGUCCUUACCUCCACCAGACCGUUCACCAUGGGUUGCCGAUUAUUCCCACGUACAGCCACUAGAGGGUGAGACUCAACCAGGAACUGCCAGCCUGUUUGCAGCCCACUCUCUGAACCUGGGGGCAGGCAUAUUGAUGUCCUGGAGGACAGGGAGAGACUGCCUCGCAGCCUCAAGUGAGCAGCGACUUCAGUGGAAUGGCCUUCACAGCACCACACGACGUCUAGACUCCAGACCCCAGGCCACUUCAAGCCCACAACAGAAACCUGACUCAGAAGACAGCAUCUGACAUUCCAGGAGAGCCAUAGCGACUGACCUCUUCAGACACCAGCCCCAGGCAACCAUGAACAUCCCAACUAGUUUUAAGAAAUUUCCAUUCAUCCCAUGGGACCCGUCUGACUUGGAAAUGUGCAUCCUAAUAAUGAAAAUGAUAGUGACGGUGGUGAUGA